AUGGCUGAAGGGCAAGUUAGGCAACAAUACUUGCAAGAAUGGAAAUGUCUUCAGAGGAGGCAAAAAUAUGGGGAACUAAGAGAAAAUUGUGGAGAUCAGUACGUGAAGUUAAAUUCUCCAGAGGAUGUUUGAGUUAUAAUUCAUCUUUAUCAGUCAAGCAUCCCAAUAUAUUUACUGGUUAACAAACACCUCAACCCUGCCAGAAAAUUUCCCGAAGUCAAGUUUCUCAAAGUCAUUGUAAACAGCUGCAUUCAGAAUUACCAUGACAGAUGUUUACCCACAAUACUUGUAUAUAAAACUAGUGAAAUAAAAGACAGGUUUAUUGGAGUAGCUGAAUGGAGGGGAAUGUAUCUUAAAGUGGAAGAGCUUGAAUGGAAACUAGCAGAAGCUGAAGCCACAGAAACCAAUUCAGAAGAAAACCUCAAAAAAGACAUUAUGAAUAUGACACUGUCAGUGUCAAAUAUUUCGUCUCAUGAAGACAUCAAUAUAAAGGCAGUGCUAUGA